AUGAUUUCCCACGGCCAGACUCAUAUGACUGACGAAGAAAGCCACACACUGUUAGUGUCGGAGCCAAAGUUGAACGAGACACUCUGGAAGCAAAACCCAGCAUUUUAUCACAAGAUUCACUUAUCAGUUUUAUAUGCGGCCAUCCUCACUCUACUUUGCCUUUUCUUUUUAUCCGAUUCACGAACAUCAAAAUGUGAUCUGUUCGCGCAAAACACACCGCUGUGGGACUUGGUAGAAUACGAAACCGUCGUUUUCCUGGACAAUAUUCACGAGCUAUCACCAUUUCAAGGACCACCUGAUGACGUGAAAGAUGAGAUCUGGGACAAGCUGUACCGAAAUACAAGCACGACGGUGAUUGAUUCAAAGCGCGCAAAAAGACUGCCCAAUAGCACCAUGGUCGCACCUGGAACUCAAGGUGAUGGGAUCGUUUCCUUGGAAGUAUUUCAUCAGCUACAUUGUCUUAAUGCUCUGCGCAAGUCUCUGUAUCCUGAGCGAUUCCCAGACUACAGCGUCUUCUUCCCCAACGGAACAAGGAACCAGAAUAUUUCCAUUCAUCACGACCACUGCGUCGACCGUAUCCGCCAGGCGACCAUGUGCGACGCGAACAUUGGCGCAUCGUUCUGGCGGUGGAACGAGCAUUUGGGCAAAUGGGGCAUAAAUAUGCGAACGACGCAGACUUGUCGCAACUUUGAAAAAAUGAGGCUUUGGGCUGUCGAGCGCAACCUUCUAGAUUGGGACCCCAAGGUGCUGAGCCGGCUGACGGACGACACCAGCGCCUCCUAG